UUCCGGCACCUGGCACGUGUGCGUUGGUGUGCGCAAGUUGGCGUAAGUGCAUUGUGUUUUGUGGUUGUGUCUGGCCAUAUCGGCGGUCUUGUGUGGCACGUGGUCGCAAGAAUCUGUGGCCGCACCAUGAAGGCGAAGCGUGGUGGUAAACCUGUCAAACUGUCGGAAAAGGUCAACCCUUUUGAGGUGAAAGUGAACCGUCAAAAACACGAUGUGCUUGGUAGAAAGUCGAAAAGCGAUCGCGGUCUCCUUGGUGUUUCUCGAAACAAGGCGAUCAAGAAGCGCAAGGCGACUCUACUCCAAGAGUAUGUCUUGAGGAACAAAUCAAGCACCUUCAUGGACAAACGGAUCGGUGAGUUCGACGCUGCCAUGAAUCCUGAUGAUAAGAUGGCAGCACGACUUGCCCAGGAGCGCAAAAUUUCACAGAAGAAAAACGUAUUCAGUCUCAAUGAGGAGGAAGAGUUAACGCAUCUUGGCAAGUCUAUCAACGACAUGGAAACUCACGACGAUCCCCGCAGUGACGACGAAGAUCUCUAUGACAAGGUAGGCCGGGACUUCACCGAAAAGACAAAUUUCGGCGGAUUUCUCACGAAAGCCGAUCCCAAUAGCGAUGCUGCAAAAUCGCGACGAGAUGCCAUUGAGCAGCUCAUCGCAGAGUCAAAGAAACUAAAGUACGAGAGGCAAGUCGAGAAAGACGAGAACUUUGAGCUUACAGAAAAGCUCGAUAAAGACUGGAAGGAAUUCCAGAGUCUUCUAGCUGGCUCCAAGAACAAGAAGAGCGCCGCAGAAGAGGCCAGCACGGACGACUAUGACGUGCUGGUAAAGCAGCUGAAGUUUGCGCCUUUGGCUGGACAGGCUUCCGAAAGGGUGAAAACAGAAGAUGAGAAAGCGAAAGCUGAGAAAAAACGACUGGAGAAGCUGGAACAAGAAAGAAAAGCCAGAGCUCAGGGUACCGAAGCGAAAAAGGACGCAAAUAAGAAACAACUAGCCUCCGCUGACGAUUUGGACGACAGCUUUUACAAGCGCGAGCGCAUCACUGAAACCACGAAGCAAAGUGAUAGCGACGAGGACGAGUUUGAGGAAACAGACCGUCUCACUGGUGUCGAGUCAAAAGAUGAGAGUGACGUGAGCGCUGGUUCAGACUCUGAGGGAGGGGAUGAAGAUAGCUACGCCGACUUGGAGUCAGACAAAGAAGCUAGUAGCGACAACGAAGAGCUGAAAGACGACACUGACAAUGUGACAGACGCCAACAAAGCUUCUGUACCUGUCAAAGAUGAAAAUCGGAUAUCUGAAAAGCACGUUAAACCAAAAGAAAUGGACGCCGUCAAGAAGAAGUCAACAAUUGCUGAUGUACCUGACACCGAGGAAGAGUUUUCAAGGUUGGUGGAAAAAAAGACUGCCUGUGAAAAGGCUGCUCUUAUCGAGCAUAUGAUUAAGAACAGUCAGGGGAGUUGCAAGAAGCUUGAGAGGCUCUUUGUGUAUCUUCUUCAGCACAUCAGCGACAUAGCAGACACUGACAUUCACGUGGUGGACAAACUGUGUCCUCACAUUUACUCUCUGGUUCAGCUUUCCCCAACAGUGUGCGGCCAGUUCCUUUUGGAUGUAAUAUCCGAAAAAGAGGAAGAACUUCAAAACCUUUUGAGUGGAAAGGGCAGAUUUUCAGUGUCUUUCCCAAGUUUUAGCACGCUUGUUUUUUUAAAGCUUAUAGGGCAGUGCUACUCUGCUUCAGACUUCUCACACAUGGUUGCCACUCCAGCAAUGCUUUUUGCAAGUCACCUGCUCACUUGUUGUGGACUUAAGAAGCCUGUGGACUUUCUACGAGGCAUCUUUGUAGCCAAUGUUUUUCUCGAGUAUGUGUCAUACUCAAGGCGCUUUUCACCAGAGCUCCUGGCCUUCUUGGCACAGCUUCUUUCCCACAAUGCUUUGAAGCUUAAAGAUGAGGGAAAUGCAGUAGCUGUGGAUGAAAGUGAGCUGAAGCUUCCCUUGAAAGCAUUGGGAAGCAGCGAGGUAGAAAUGACUGAGGACCUGAAGCUGAAGAUUGUUCAUGCUGGUGUCAAGCUCGUUGAAAGGUGUGCAUGCUUGUACGAGACACUACCUUCGUACAGGGAGUUGUGCGAUUCCUUGAUAGCCGUAUGCCAGAAGCUUACAGAAUCUGCUUACCCAGAGAGCCUGAGAGCUGUCAUAGGGAACACGCUGUCCAAGCUUAGUUGCAAGAUUGAACGCAAGCCACUGAAGCCAAGCAAAAAACCACCACCAAUGAAACCACUUUUGGAGCCUAAGUUCAGCAUGAAGUUUGAUGGUCGCAAGCACUUCUCCGGAGGUGAGAAGAAAGUAGAAUUGAAGAAGCUCAAUUAUCAGUACAAGAAGGAAAUGAAGGGAGCCAUGCGAGAAGUGCGUAGGGACAAUCAGUUUUUGGCUCAGCAUAUCCUCAAGGAACAAAUGGCAAAGGAUGCAGAACGUAAGGAGAAGGUGAAGCGCAUUUACAAAGAGCUUGCAAGCCAGGAAGGUGAAUACAAAGCCCUUGAAGAGGAAGAAAGAAAAACUGUCAAAUCGCAUGUAAAUAAUACCUUAGGUAUUGUGUGUAAUAUAUUCCGCUUGUAUUUACCAAUUCACAUGUAAAUAUAAGAACAUGCUCAAAA